UUGAGAGGGAGAGCAGAAGACCACCUCCCGUUUCCACCCCCCUCUAUCCUAUGGAUAGAGCCGCCGCGACAGCCAUAGAUAUCCUCGUCAUGAUCCCAGCAGCGCCUUCGCCUUUGUAGCACCACCUCAUCUCCAGUUUCUUGGACCAGAUUUGAUCCCAUCCUAGCACGUUUCUUGGAUUUCUUUUCGCCAAGAGGGGAGAUGGUAGAAAUGGCCGUGACCGUCGCCGCCGGGACCCACAGGCCCUGCUCAGGCGUCUCGCCGGCGGCGUCCGGCAACCGGCGGCUUGCCGGGUGGCGGCCACUUGCGCCGGCGGCGCCCGCUAAGCUGAGAUUGUCCUCUCCAGCUUUGAGGGUUCCUAGAGCAGCUUCCCCUGCAGCUGUUGAGCAGGAUGGGAGCUCUAGCAACACUGAUACAGUUCCUACCCCGAAAGUUAUAAUAGAUCAAGACUCGGAUCCGGAUGCAACUAUUGUGGAAGUAACCUUGGGUGACCGUCUUGGGGAUCUUCUUGAUACCAUGAGUGCCCUGAGGAAUUUAGGGCUAAAUGUUGUGAAAGCUAGUGUUUGUCUUGAUUCUUCUGGCAAACAUAACAAGUUUGCUAUAACAAAAUCGUCGACUGGCCGCAAAAUUGAUGAUCCAGAGUUGUUAGAAGCAGUACGACUGACAAUUAUUAACAACAUGCUUGAGUAUCAUCCUGAAACUAGCAGUCAAUUAGCUAUGGGUGCAACUUUUGGGAUAGAGCCCCCGACAGAGGUUGAUGUGGACAUAGCAACUCACAUAGACAUCUAUGAUGAUGGUCCUGAAAGAAGCUUACUUGUUGUGGAAUCAGCUGACCGUCCAGGGUUGCUGGUUGAUCUUGUUAAGAUCAUCGCUGAUAUCAAUAUCACUGUCCAAUCUGGAGAGUUUGAUACUGAGGGGCUACUGGCUAAAGCAAAAUUCCAUGUCAGUUACCGGGGCAAGCCACUGAUCAAGGCUUUGCAACAGGUCCUCGCUAAUAGCUUGCGCUAUUUCUUGAGGAGGCCGACAACAGAGGAUGCCAGUUUCUAGAUGGAUGGUUACAAAUCGCACGUCGAGAUAAUUCAUGAGAUGAUAUUUGCAUGAAUUUUGGCACUAUCAUCCAAGUUAUUCUUGAAAUAUGCAUAAUUCCCAAAAGGUGAUAUACACGAUCUUACCGCACAUACAGAUCUGAGCUAUUUUCAUUUGAAGGUAGAUUGAUCUUGUUGCUGUAUGAACUGCGGUAGCCUUAUGCCGGCACAAUUCUUAAGCAUGUAACGCACGAUUAUUUUGCUACCUGGGAAUGGGAUGCAUGUUUGAUGAUAAAAUAAGAUGGCAACUUGUGCGGCCAAUCGUCUGUU